UACUUUGUUCCAUAUGCGUAUUUAGAGAGUAUAUACACAUAUGGAACGAACUUUUAAUUUAGAAUAGAAUUGACGAAGGAAAUGACUAAUGUGGAAGCCUGCGACUAUUAACCGCCCCAUUGAGUCUAUUACUCUUAUUAAUAGGCUAAGCAAUGGCGUUGCUCAUGCAAAUGUAUUAAGUGUACUAAGUAUAGAUUACUGUGAAUUAUCUAUAGAAUCCAGCACAUUUAGCAAUUAAGCCUAAUCAGCAUUCAAGCUACGUCAGAGACAACCCAUGUGAACUUUAAAACAACAGCGCCUGGCAUAUUUCAAUUAAAAUGCGGAGAAUUGCGACGGCUUACCCCUUAGAUCAGUAUAAGUUUGACCCUCGAAUAGAAGAUGCGCGCCAAGUAUUUCGUUAUUGCCUUGGCGGCGAUGCUAGCCAGCGUGCAUGGUCUGGGCAUAACAGUGCCCGGUACCAAAUGGUGCGGCCCCGGCAAUACAGCUGACAACUAUAACGAUCUGGGCAGUGAAGUAGAGCUGGACAUGUGCUGUCGGCAGCAUGACCACUGUGAGGAGAAGAUUUCGCCCGACACCCAAAAAUACGGUCUGACCAAUGACGGUUUCUUCCCCAUCUUCUCCUGUGAUUGUGAAUUAGCUUUUCGCCUGUGCCUCAACUCGCUGCACAACAUGGAGUCCGCCGCUUUAGGUCGUAUAUAUUUCAGCACAACAAAUGUGUGCUUCGCUUAUGGGCCGCCCAUCGUUUCCUGUCAGGAGCAGCAGUGGGACCACUUCAUGAAGCGUUGCCUAACUUACAGCGAGGAUGUGUCUCAGCCCGGUCGCUGGCAGUUUUAUGACCUGGCAUUCUACACGCACCCCAGCGAGGAGGAAAAGUAGCAGCUCGAU